CGGCGGGGCCGGAUGGCUGCGCUCGGCAGCUUCGUGGCGGUCCGCGGGGCGCCCGGGCCUUGGCGGUGGGCUGUCUGCGCAGCCGGGGGACUCCGGGGCCGCCAUCCCGGGAGGGGCUAUGCUGCGGGCCCGGCGCAGGUCAAGCAGCUGGUAGACGACUGUGCCAGGACUUCAAGCCAGAGCCCGCCCACCUUUGGUUUCCUGCUGGACAUCGAUGGAGUGCUGGUGCGGGGCCACAGAGUGAUUCCCGCCGCUCAGGAAGCCUUCCGCAGGCUGCUGAACUCCCAGGGGCAGCUGCGGGUGCCCGUGGUCUUUGUCACGAAUGCUGGGAACAUCUUACAACAUGGCAAAGCCCAGGAGCUGUCAGCCCUGCUGGGGUUCAAGGUGGAGCCAGACCAGGUUAUUCUCUCUCACAGCCCCAUGAAGCUCUUCUCACAGUACCACAAGAGGCGGAUGCUGGUGUCUGGUCAGGGACCCCUGGUGGAAAAUGCACGAGUACUGGGCUUCGAGAAUGUGGUUACUGUGGACGAGCUGCGGACGGCCUUCCCUGUGCUUGACAUGGUGGAUCUCCAGCGGCGGCCGAAGACCACACCCGUUCCAAGGAACGACUUCCCUGCCAUUGAAGGGGUGCUCCUCCUUGGGGAGCCAGUCCGCUGGGAGACAAGCCUGCAGCUGAUCAUGGAUGUCCUUCUCAGCAAUGGGAACCCCGGGACUGGUCUGGCGACGGCCCCCUAUCCCCAUCUCCCUGUCCUGGCCAGCAACAUGGAUCUCCUUUGGAUGGCUGAAGCCAAGAUGCCGAGGUUUGGCCACGGCACCUUUCUGCUGUGCCUGGAAACCAUUUACCGGAAAAUGACGGGCAAAGAGCUGAGAUAUGAGGGCCUGAUGGGCAAACCCAGCAUCCUCACUUACCAGUAUGCGGAGGAGCUGAUCAGGCAGCAGGCUGAGAGGCGGGGCUGGGCCGCCCCCAUCCAGAAUCUCUAUGCUGUAGGUGAUAACCCUAUGUCUGAUGUCUACGGUGCCAACCUGUUCCACCAGUACCUGCAGAUGGCGAAGCAAGGUGGGGCACAGGAGCUGGUGGUCGGCGGCCUGUGGAGGCAGCGUCCCUCAGCCACCCAGAGCUGCGCCUCCAUCCUGGUGUGCACGGGCGUGUACAGUCCCGAGACCCUGGCGCCUACCGAGCCUGCCGAGGGGGGAGAAGAGCCACCCUUCCAUGGGCACCGGGACUUCUGCUUCAGUCCAGGGCUCAUGGAGGCAUCCCACAUUGUGAAUGACGUGGACGAGGCUGUGCAGCUGGUUUUCCACAAGGAGGGCUGGGCUUUAUAGUGAGGGCCGGGCAUUGGAGGCCAGGGGGCAGGAGGGAGCCUGGAGCUCUAGGGGGUCCUGUUGGCUGGCUCUGGCCCAGAUCACUGGGCAUCAAGUCAGGGCCUGCUCCUGUGACACUCUUCUUGGUGCCCCACAGUGUGAUAUUACUGGUCACUUGGAAGAAGACAGUGGCUUUUUUUCUGCUGGUCAGUUGCCACAGAAUUGUAUCUUGGGUAGCAUUUUGGGUAGAACUAUCAGGAUUUUUUGGGCCUAAUUCCUUUCUGCCUCUCCUGGCACUCUGACCUCAGGCUAGUCCCUUUACCUGUGUGCCUCAGUUUCCUCAUUAUUUCGGUAGGGACUUCUGAAAAAUGGGGAGGUGGUGGAAAGGGGAAUAAUGUGGAAAUUUCUGCAGGGCCUCUGCCCACAUUGAAGGAACCACUGCAUGCCAGCAAGGAGUGUAUAACACUCAGAUACCACUUCUUAUUGUAUUUUAGCUUAUUGCCCAGAGACUUUGGGCCUUAUUUUUUUUAAUUAAAAUAAUCAUAAUAAAUAUUCAUUAUACUGUC